UGGGGGCUGCCCAGAUCGCUCCCGCCUUGGCGGGCAGAACAGCCGGGCGGCCGCGGGUGCGAUUGAAUUGCGAUGCGGGAGGGCGCAGACAGAGCCGCCUCCAUGGCCGCUGCAGCCGCCGCAGAAACCAAGCUCACCCACCCGGGCAAGGCGAUCCUGGCCGGUGGCAUUGCUGGAGGUAUUGAAAUCUGUAUCACCUUUCCCACAGAAUAUGUAAAAACACAGUUACAAUUGGAUGAAAGAGCAAAUCCCCCUCGGUAUAGAAGCAUUGGUCACUGUGUGAGGCUGACCAUUCAGGAGCAUGGUGUGAAGGGUCUGUACAGGGGCCUAAGUUCUUUGUUGUAUGGCUCUAUUCCAAAAUCUGCUGUCAGGUUUGGCAUGUUUGAGUUCCUCAGCAAUAUUGCAAAGGAUUCAAGUGGGAAACUAGACAACAAAAGGAGUUUGCUUUGUGGCCUUGGAGCUGGUGUUGCAGAAGCUGUCCUAGUAGUCUGUCCAAUGGAAACUAUAAAGGUGAAGUUCAUUCAUGAUCAGUCCUCUUUAAAUCCAAAGUACAAAGGGUUUUUCCAAGGUGUCCGUGAGAUUGUUCGGGAACAAGGCUUACGUGGAACAUAUCAGGGGCUGACAGCUACAGUCCUCAAACAAGGCUCAAACCAGGCUAUCCGUUUCUUUGUGAUGACUUCCCUUCGAAAUUGGUAUCUAGGUGAUAAUCCCCACAGAAAGAUGAAUCCGCUUAUUACAGCUGCAUUUGGUGCUACUGCAGGUGCAGCCAGUGUCUUUGGCAAUACUCCAUUAGAUGUCGUCAAAACCAGGAUGCAGGGCCUGGAAGCUCAUAAAUAUAAAAAUACACUAGAUUGUGCCUAUCAGAUCCUCAAAAAGGAGGGCUUAUUAGCAUUUUACAAAGGAACAGUUCCCCGUCUUGGCCGAGUCUGUUUGGAUGUAGCAAUUGUGUUUGUUAUUUAUGAAGAAGUGGUCAAUGUUCUCAACAAGGUCUGGAAAACUGCCUGAUGCUGCUUUUUAUAAGGCUGACAAGGACACUUUGGAUAGCUGGCUAGCCAAGUCCAAUGAGUGCAAAUCUCAAUUGAAUUUACUGCCUAUGGUUUAUUAUCAAAGGUGUUUGAAAUGCAAACGCGAUCAUUCCAUCUUCAUUCUUUAAAGUGACAAACCUGUAAUCCAGACAUUACACCACUUCAAAGUUUAUAAAUUGUAUGGUGUAGAGAAAAGGCUAGUAGAGCAAUAUUACUAACUGCAUACAUGCUGGCUCCUAACACAGCUGAAAUUGGUGAUCUUGGCAGGCAGAAAACCAAUUAAAGUAAAAACACUUGGCUAGAUUCUACUGUUUACAUGAGUGUAUCUGUGGAUUAAUUUUGUUGACCAUUAAACUCCAAAGAGGCCCCAUCUAAACACCAUACUGUGUCAAACAACUAAAAGUUUUUUGUUUGGUUUUGGUUUUAAAUGUAUUUUAGUUAAACUUUUAAGCUGUAUAUGGACAUUCUUUUAAUCUAAACCAGGCUUGUAUAGGUAAAUUUACCCUGAGGCAGGGUGAACCACGUAAACUAGUUUUAUGUCUAAGUAAAAGUGCACUGGUUCCAAAACA